AUGAAGAAGCGAGGAUGGUUGGAGGACGACACGACCAUCACAACUGUGCUCAUGGCGGACAUCUGUCGGCAGGCAGCGGAAAAAGCGGGAGUGAGUCAAGAAGCGAAACACAUGCUGAAAGCCUUCUCUUUUGUGCUCGAGACUGCAGCGGUGGACCCUCUCCUCGAAAGCUUCAACAAGACAGCUACUGCAAAACUCGAUAGCCUAGUCGACGCAACAAAGCUGAAGCUCAGCCAAACCAUCGAGUCAACCACCAAGCACCUGGACACCGUCAGCUUGAAGUACAGCGAACUCACCAUCUCAGCUUCCAAAGCGGUCACGGCUCUCAAGGCGGCACCAGUUCAUCGACUGUACAGCCAAGCACUAGCAAGCAAUGCAUGCACCAAGCUCAGCCAAUCCCUCAUCCUCGACGACGCCAAAGCAAUCAACAUAGUCAACGCUAGGGAACGACUAGUCCUAUUCAACACUCCAAGCGCCGUCGCAAAGGAACGAGGAAUGUACACUAGGGACGACAUCAACGCUUACAAGGACACACUCAACGUAGCGCUAGAGAAACUCACGGAUGGAGCAAGCAAGAAGCGGAUAGUAGGCUUGCGCAUUAUACGCACCGGGACGCUCCUGGAGCUGGACUCUGCAAAAUCCGCUAAGUGGCUAAAGGAGAAUAACAGGUGCGCAGAGAUGGUAAAGGAGGCUUACACCUCGAGAGAAGAAGAAACGAAAGUCAUCCCUUGCGUGCACGAGCUGAUGGUACGCUUCGUCCCUGUGGACUUCGACCCCCACGAAGAGGAAAGCCUGCACUCGGUGGAAUUGGAGAACGGCCUACCACCACACUCAAUCAUCUCCGCAUCCUGGAUCAAGGACCCGUCAAGGAGGUACGAAGGACAAGGAUAUGCCAAUGUCAAAAUCAACUGCGCCUCACCCAAAGUAGCCAACCGCAUGAUCCUCGGCCCCACAAGAAUUGGUAACCACUCCGUCAAGGUGCAAAAAGAACAUCGGCGGAGAGGUUCACCUGCCGAUUCUGCGCGCAAGAGCACAGCUCUUGGGACUGUCCGGACAAAAUGCAGACCAAAUGCACCCCAUGCGGGUCCAGCCAACACUCCUCCGGGGACGAAAGAAACAAGAUCCAAAUUCUUCUUCACCAAGGACCGAUGGACGUAUAACAAGUCAAUCAAUGCCCCAUGGAACUCGGGAUACCUGUGCCCAGAGAUCGAGACUGAGACCUCGCAAGAACAAGCAGGCAAGCAGCUCACAACGGCGGCUGCCAACGCCUCACAGGGAGUCACCAACAAGUCCAGAAAGAUCAACCAGACGAAAAACUGA